GAUGACACCGUGGUUGUUUGGCCCGUGACGCCGCUUGUACACGUAGCCUAGUAGGAUGUGUUCAUUGAAGAUGGUGGCGCCGUGUCAGACUCACUCUGCUGCACAUUUGUAAGAAUUUAUUUUGAUCUGUACACAUUCCCGGCACUGGCGUCGCCUGACUUCAGUCUCUUCAGUGACAUCAACUAGUGUGACCUGGUCCUCGGACCUGUGAGCUCUGCAGCCAUGCAGCCCCCUCCGCGGACUGGACCUCCAGGAGCCUCUGGCCCUCCUCCGUCUGGGCCCAAUAUGUUCCGCAGGACCAGGCCUCACAAGCAUACAGCAGCAGCUACUGCCACAAUGCCACCUGCGACCCGACCCAUGACAGACCCUUUUGCUUUUGUCAGAGCUCCCCCUCCUAUGGCUGCAGGUGGUCUCCCAGCAAUGCAGAGCAGUAACCCUCCACCCAUGCAAGCCCCACCUAACACCAUGUACUCUCAAGCUGGUGGAGGUCUGCCUCCACAACCACAGACAUUGGAGGAUGUCCCGGCUGCUCCAUAUGGUCCCCCACCAUCCUCUGUGCCAGGGGUGACGCUGUUCAACCCUCACAGUACAGCAUCCCCUGUUGUUUUCCCAGUUCCAAGUACUGAAGGAUAUGCAUCGUCGCAUACAGAGCAGGGCUAUUUUAAUUCAAGAGAACAGACACCAUCCACAGCCGCAGAGCCUGUCUUCUCAGCCCCAGCGCCUAGUCAGACACCAUUUAACCAGGAUUUUCAUGCACAGCCAACACCUCAGCCUGUGCCCUUCCAGCCAGUUCCUCCCAACACCUCCUCUUCCCACUGGGCCCCUGAUCAUGGAAGUCGCCCUCCAUCAGUUCAAAACUACUUCCAGCCUACAAGUGACCCUCCACCACAACCUUUUACUAUACCUCCACAGCCCCAGAUGUACCCGUCCCACGCCCCAUCGCCCCAUCAAAGCACCCCAACCCCUCCACCACAACCUUUUAACAUACCUCCACAGCCCCAGAUGUUCCCAUCCCACGCCCCAUCGCCCCAUCAAAACACCCCAACCCCUCCAACACAACCUGUACAUCCCCAUAUCCAGGCUCCUCUUCCUCCUCAGAACCUUAUAAGGCCCCCUAGUUCUCAAUGGCCUGACCCAAACGCACCCCAGCAGCAUAAUUCACACUUCCAAUCUCAAACCUACUUUGCCCCCCAAGACUCUUGGUUCAACCAACCCACACAGGACUCAGGUUACCACCAAAUGGGGACUGGCCCUGGUCAUUCUCAGCCCACACCUGACUCUGGUGGAGCUCAACAUGUGGCCAGUUUUGAGCCUGGGCCAAGUUCUGCCCCUCCCCCAGUACCAUACCCUCAGGAGUCUGGUACACUCUCAAUGUUCUUCAAAGACAAUGAUGUGGAAAAUGAGGAAACACUGGCUGGAGACAGAAAUAAGGCAGUGAAUGGUAUUCCUGGAUUCUUUCAGCACCACGACAACCCACAAACCCACAGUGGCCACACAGAUCCCCCUUUGGAUUAUCAAGGAGCUUCUCUUCAGGAUCAUUCACAUGUACCGUACAUGAAUGAUGGCAAUCAUUCAUCACAGAAGCCCCCAGAUUCUCACUACGACCAUGUGGAGAAUUUGGAGUGUGUUCCGAAUCAGGAAGUUUUACCCAGUGAAACUCAUGGUAGUCCUGCUGCUAGUGCAGUACAUGAUGUAGACCUGUUCGAAACCGGGCCUAACCUGGAGACUCCAGAUUCUGUUCCAAGACCAAUGAGAUCUGCCAGUGUAUCAUCCAACUAUAGCAAUAUGAGUCAUGGAAGUGGGACUGGCACCCGCCGGCACCAGGGAGUAGUAGGUACCUUUAUUCAGCAGGAAAGCCCUCGUCUUACUGAUGAUGCUAACCUGUCUGCUGCUACUGGAGGUUACUUUGAGCAGAUUGACAGUUCUCCAGCUGGGGAUAUGGGUGCAAGACAGAACUCCCUGGAGCAGAUGUGGCAACCCACACCUAGCCCUCCCAAACCAACUGGCAUCUUCCAGGCAAGUGCUAAUAGCUCUUUCGAACCUGUUCGCUCCCAUGGGGUUGGGGUACGUCCUGCUGAAGUUGAUAUGGCUAAAAUUGUAGCAGAGGGGGGUGCAGAUUCUGCACCAGGCAACCUGGAGCAGCCACCAGAUAAUAUGGAAAAUAUUUAUGGCACAGGACACCCCUUGCCUCCUGGGCCUGGAGUGGGUGUACCUCACCCGCCACACCCAGUGGUUCAUUCCCACUCACGACCUUCAUCCCGUGCUUAUGGGGCGAGUCGGCCCUGUGAAAGCCCUGCCACUACUCUGUGGGCACAGAAUGAUCCUGCUAGCUUGGGCGCUAACAUCCUUUUAGCCCCUGCCGCCCCAAUGGUUCUUGCUCCUUUACGAGAGCCCAGUGCUGAUGUUAUCCAACCUCCAGAGGAUGGUCCCCUGGACCUCCAGGCUUCCCAGAGAGUCCAGCCAACCUCACAGCAGCAUUCAGAGAACCUAGAGAACCCACCAAAGGUGAGUGACGCAGAGACAGCUGACUCUCAAGGCAACAUGGGAUAUGCGUCUCUCCUGGUGGCUGAUUCACUCCACCAACCUGUUUUGAUUGCCCCGCCUGUAUCUAAUUAUAGUGUGAUUUCCCCCAGUACCCAGACUCACGCAGCCAGUCAAAGUAGCCUUAGGGAAACUACCCCACCUGUGAGAUCACUCGCACAGGGGCAGGGUGCCAGUGCCCCCCAAUCACUUUCAGUAGCCUCCAAUCCAAAUCCACUGUUUGCCCCUGGACCAGUAAGCUUCAAUUCUUCAGCCUCUAACCAGGGCCCGCUCAAUUUGGCCCGAGACAACACAGAGGCGGCAACAUCAGAAAUCACAGCUCCGCCACAGUCUCUGCCAGUCCAUCCUCCUCUUUCAAGGGGCCAACCAGACAACCACUCUGCUCUCCAAGUUAAUGCACAGGCUUCUCUCAUGACUCCUCCUGUUUCUAAUCAUAAUCAGCCUUCAAAUUAUGAACUGCUUGAUUUUUCUAUGCACCAAUCACAAACUCAAAAUCAAGCAUCUGGCCAUCCUUCCUCUCUACAUGAGUCUCCACAGUCUAGUAAUGGAUUUUACCUACAGGUAACCAAAGAUGCUCAGCAGGGAGUAAGAAUGGAAGGGAAUGCCCCUAUCCAGACCCCAGCCUCUUUAUCCACCCCACAGGUACCGCCAGCUCCCUCCCAAGCAGCUGCAAACACAGAGCCACCACCAAUAGAACCUCUUAGGACAUCAGAUCCUCAGCCUGCAUUGCAGGGACAGGGUGGCGAUCCUCCUGUCUCACUGAGUGGAUCACAACCUUCCCGUGUUCAGUAUCCAGCUCCCGCACAGGGGCCUGCUGCAGGGAGUGCUCCUCCCCCUGCUGCUUUAUACCCCCCAGGGCCUCGAGGACCAGUACCUGUCGGGGCUUCUCAUCCAGCUUCCACAGAGCCACCACGACCACCUUCCUCUGCAGGCAGCCAGCAGGGCUACGGGCCUCCUCCUCCACAGCCGGGACAGAUGUACAGUGGCUACUAUGGUUAUCCUGGGGAAUACCCGGAUAGCAGAGCACCAUAUCCUCCUAGCCAGUACCCACCACCACCUGGGGAUCCUAGAGCACAGCAAUAUUAUCAAGAUGGUCAAUACAGGAGCCAAGCUGAUCCUUGGUAUGGCAGGUAUGACGGGCAGACCCAAGCUUAUCGGGACCCAAAUCAGUACAGAGAGCCUCAGCCAGAGCGACCCAGCUCCAGGGCUAGUCAGUAUUCUGACAGGCCCUCAUCCAGACAAGGCUAUCCUGACGAUUACAACAGAGCCAACCAAAGUGCCUAUAGUGAAUAUUAUGCAGAUUAUUCCAAAAACUACGAUUACAGAGGAUACAACUAUGGGCAGUAUGACCCUCGAUACAGAGGAUACUAUGAUCAGUCCUACUGGUCUAAUUACGAUAACAGCUACAGAGGCAGAGACAACUACUAUAAUCAACCCGUGUAUCCUGCCAGGAAAGAAGGCUAUGAAGACCAAUGGCGGUACUAUCCUGGUUACGAUCCCAGCUUUGAUGAGGAUUACCAACGACGUGGAGAAAUGUAUGCCGAUGACUUUGAUCGACGCAGCGUCCACAGCGAGCAGUCAGCACACAGCGUGCACAGCUCUCAAAGCCACCACAGCAGACGAAGCAGCUUCAGCUCAAGGUCACAACAGAGCCAGGUAUACAGGAGCCAGCCUGACUUAGUGUCAGCAGUCUAUGACACCACAGCCUCCACUCUGGCUGUGGACUACUCUUAUGGACAGUACCCAAACCAAACUGCUGAUGCCACACAGAACUACAGCCAGUACCUCUACCCCUCUGAGUUCCCUGCAGACAGCACAUGGAUCACCCCCGAGCAACCCCCCCCUCGUCCUGCCACCCCAGAGAAGUUUACCAUACCCCACCGCUGUGCCCGCUUUGGACCUGGUGGUCACCUGGUUCAAGUUCUGCCCAAUCUCCCCUCAGCUGGACAGCCAGCUCUCGUUGAUAUUCACAACAUGGAGACCAUGCUGCAGGAUACCCGGGAUCAAGCGGAACUACGGGCCUUCCCUGGACCUCUUGUUAAGGAGGAGACCCAUAAGGUGGAUGUUAUAAAGUUCUCCCAGAACAAAGCACUGGAGUGUUCUCGUGACAACAACCUCUUGGACAGGGACUCUGCCUGUCUGCUCUGGGACUUCAUCAUGCUGCUCUGCAGACAGAAUGGGACUGUCGUGGGCACGGACAUCGCUGACCUCUUGCUGAAGGAGCAUCGAUCUGUUUGGCUGCCGGGCAAGAGUCCGAAUGAAGCCAACCUGAUUGAUUUUAACAAUGAACCACUGGCGCGAGCUGAGGAAGAGCCGGGAGCCGGACCACUCUCCCUCCUGUCUGACACCUUCAUGAUUGUCCCAGAGAACGUUGGCAAAGAAACAGAACGAUUUAGGGAGCUGCUUCUGUUUGGCCGCAAGAAGGAUGCACUAGAGGCCGCCAUGAAGGGAGGUCUCUGGGGCCAUGCCUUACUGUUGGCCAGUAAGAUGGACAACAGGACACAUGCACGUGUCAUGACAAGGUUUGCCAACAGUUUGCCCAUCAAUGACCCUCUUCAGACAGUGUACCAGCUGAUGUCUGGGAGGAUGCCGGCAUCAGCCACUUGCUGUGGUGAGGAGAAGUGGGGUGACUGGCGCCCUCACCUGGCCAUGGUGCUGUCUAACCUCACACACACCAUGGACCUGGAUACCCGCACAAUCACCACCAUGGGAGACACUCUGGCUUCCAAGGGGCUGAUUGAUGCAGCACACUUCUGCUACAUGAUGGCACAAGUCGGUUUAGGAGUCUUCACAAAGAAGAGCACCAAGAUGGUUCUGAUUGGCUCCAAUCACAGUUUUCCCUUUUACCAAUUUGCAACCAACGAAGCUAUUCAGAGGACUGAGGCCUAUGAGUAUGCUCAAUCUCUAGGCUCCCAGCCCUGCUCCCUGCCCAAUUUCCAGGUGUUCAAGUUGAUCUAUGCAUGCCGUCUAGCUGAAGCAGGCCUGAGUGCUCAGGCCUUCCACUACUGUGAAGUUAUCUCCAAGACUGUCCUCAUGCAGCCUUCCUACUUCUCUCCUGUCUUUAUUAGCCAAAUCAUACAGAUGUCUGAAAAGCUGCGGUUCUUCGAUCCACAACUGAAGGAGAAGCCUGAGCAGGAGCUGUUUAAUGAACCUGAUUGGCUGAUUCACCUCAGACAGUUGGAUGGACAGAUCCGGACCGGGGUGAUUACUUACAGUGCAGACAGAGCAACUCCUAUACAGUUUGACUGCAGCAGCCCAUCUGACUUGGACCAGCCUAGCCCACCUGAACCUUACAGCAUGCCACUGGAGAUUGAUGGCCCCACUCCUGACAACCCACUAAUGAGCUCAUUGCUGCCCGGGCCUCCACCACAGGGAGUGCAGCUGAUGCCUCCAGCUCCUACCUCCAUCCUCCAAGAGGGGAUGGCCCCACCUCAGCAUUUACCCCCCGGUGAUGUGCCGCAUUUCUACCCAGUACCUCCCAGUGGACCACCAGGUCAGACGUCCGUCACAGGCUACCCUCCACAGGAUUCCGGUUUUGCCCCCCCUCCCUUCCAGCCUCAAUCUGAGCAGAUAGAAAUGUAUCCAGGAGCCCAUCAGCAGCCGUUUCACCCACCUCCUCAAGUGGGCCAAAUGUCACCACACAUGCUCCCUCAAGUGCCACAUUCACCUGUGCAGAUGAACCACCCACUGCCCCAGAUGCCUCAGCACAUGCCUCCUUCCCCUGGGCAUAUGCCGCCUGUUGAGCAGCCAUACCAGCCCCCACCAGAGAUGCAGACUGCUCAGACAAUACCAUCCUCCCCAACCAGAAACUCCUUCACACCUCAGAUGGACUUCUAUGACCACAUGGCUCACAUGGGUCCUGGCAGAUCGAGAACUACUUCACAAUCUUCAAUGCACAUGGUUCCAGGGCGGCGUUCACGCACCACCUCUGAGUCAUCCACUCACUCUGUUGGAAGAGAGCGCAGCAACUCAGCCGUCAAGCAGAUCUCUCUACCCCCGCCUUCAAUUCCUGAACAGCCCCGCAAAGAAGAGGCCAGGAAAGUCAAGAAAGAUCCCCCCAAACAGAGCGGUGGUGGUGGGGGUGGUGGUGGCUUGCUGAAGUGGUUCUUUGGGAAGGGGAAGAAUGAGGCUCACUUGCCAGAUGACAAAAACCCAUCUAUUGUGUGGGAUGAACAGAAGCAGAAAUGGGUGGACUUGAACGAGCCUGAAGAGGAGAGUAAGCCUCCUCCGCCACCUCCCUCUGGCUUCCCCAAGAUGGCUCCAAUGCCCGGCCCUGCAGGACCCCCAAGCGGUGGUCCGCCUGUCAAUAUGUUCUCCAGGAAGGCAGGCACCAGGAGCAGAUAUGUUGACGUUCUGAACCCCAGUAGAACAGCUAAACCGAGUGGAUUAGCCCCUGCUCCAGCGGAUAUCUUUGCUCCUCUGGCACCGAUGGCCAUGCCUGCUAACCUAUUUGUGCCUAGUUCAGCGCCUGAUGAUCAACAACCUCUAGAGGGCAGUGAAGGAGGAUACCAGGAGCAGAAUUCCCCAAACACCAGCACUGCUCCUCAGAUCUUCAACCCAACGUUGUUACCACCUGCCCCAGAGGGAGCUCCUGUGCCUGAUGGCUCACAGUCCGGGGAGCUCUCACGUUCUAGCUCAAUGAGCUCCUUAUCACGUGAAGUGAGUCAGCAUUUAAAACAGACUCAUCCUCCUCAGGGAGCUCCACCCGCGGGAGGCGUCACCUUUUAUAACCCUGCACAGUUUGCACAGACAAGUGCGGCGCCAGGAGGUGGAGUUCGUUCUGGGCGUUUGGGCGGUCAGCGCCAGUACCCGGUGUUGAAGUAACAUCAUCCUGCAGAGAGAUUACAUAAACAGACUUUGCUGGAUGGAGUGAUGUCCGACCUGGAACUAAAUGAAGCACAUGGACGUACUGCUCUCUGUCUUAAGGACCUUUCUUUUUGCCCGCACCUAAGAAGAGCGUAAGGUGUCUCCAUCUUGUCAGUCUUUGUCAAACAGCUCAAUCACUCUGUCGUCUCUUUUGUUCAGUAAUUGUCACUGGAGUAUUUUAAAAGGCAUGGCGUCUCCACGAAGGGCUUUUUCCUGCAUCCAAACAGAAAACAGAAAGUUGUAUCAACGGUUUUAACACACAUAAAAUGUUUUCCUUGGAUGUAUUCACAAACCCCGUGUUGUAUGAAGGCAUAAUUUGAUGUACCAUGAACAUUUCCUUCAAAGCUGUCCAGCUUCCCCUUAAAUGCAACACAGAAUUAACUUAGUUUUAGUUUGUGUCUUAAGUCCGAACGUCCAUGUUUGUUUGAUCGAUUGAGUGUGAUGGAUAGACAGGAAGUGGUGAUACUAUCACAUGGGACUUGUUUGUGUAUCUGCAGCUCUUCAGAGUCUGUCUGCUGCAGUUUGCAUCUUGAGUGAGAACGAAUUGUGUCAAUAGCGUGUCGUCUGCUGUGUUGUUUGCUUUCCCUCAGUCACCCUCCAGUAAAGGACGGAUUGUUGAAUGAUACAGGAAAGAGACUCAAACCUGCUUCACAACCUGAGAGUUGGAGGACGUGUGCAGUGUUAGGAUGCUGCUCGUUUCAGAUAUUUAUUUAAAUGUCCUCCCGCCCAACAGCGACUCUUCAUUUUUAAAGCUGAGUCGGGGGCUUUCGUCCGAGUCAGGCUACGGUUUCUCCUCCCGAGAAACUUUGACAGUAACAACGAAACAAAGGGGUGGUCUUCAGAAGAGGAGGAAUCUGGAUUAAACCUGCAUUUUAACUAUCGCUAAAAAAGUAAAAAAAAAUCUAUCCAAAUAUUUGUAUAUCAGAUUGAUUGUAUUUAUGAGCUGUAGGCAAGACGGUGUGUGUGAGUGUGUAUGUGUGUGGAGAGCAACUAAUAAUAGCUUUGACAAAAUGCAUUUAUGAUUCACCAGAGAUGACAUGGAAUCAUAUUCUGAUCAUUUGUAUUGGCCGCUUCUGCAGACAAAUAAAUCUUUAUCUAAAUCGUGAAUCAAGAUCUAAUUGCACUCUGAAGACUUUUUGUCAUUUAAAUUUACUUUUCAUUUUUCAUCCCAAGUGUUUUGGAUUCAUUGAUUUUGUUUUUUUUUUAUAUAGAAAUCCACUUCUGAUUUUGAAAGGUCCCCUUUUGUUUCAGAGUUCCUCGUGUACAAUUCUUGACAAACCCGUAAAUAGAAAAAGAUGAAAACAAAAUGGUAAUAAAGGUAUUUUGUGCUCUGUAGCACCAUGAAA